CAGAUUUCGAAAAAAUCUCUGUAAGCGGCUCAACUGGUAAAUUUAUGGCCUCACAAUGAAUCAACGACAGCUUAAUAUUUUUGCCGCAAUUGGGCUUCUUCUACUUUCAACUCUGUAUUCAAUUGAUGCAGCAGAAAAAUGGUCUCGUCAAUUGGAAGCAACUGGUCCCGGUGAUGCAAGCUCAUUCGAUUGGGUACCAGUUACACAACCAGCUUUAGCACCCACCGCUGAGUCCGCAGAUGCCAAUUUGAAGGAUCGGUCUGCAAAUGCUCGUGUAUUGACUUAUUCUCAAUCGUUUCCACCGAAUCCACGUUUCGGAGAAUUACAAAAGCAUCAUAACAGUCCGUUGUCGCAACAGCAUCCUUUUGAUUAUCCUUAUCAGUUCCAACGAUUUAGUAAUGCACCACAAGCAUUGCCUCUACGACAAUCAGCACCGAUAGCUGCUCCAUUGAAAGGUAGUCCACUUAAAUCUCAGGAACCUACAUCACAGUCAUUUUUCAGUUUCGAAAUGCCAUAUCAUGGAGACAACAAUCGUCCUACUGGUAGCUCGCCUACUCUACAAACCGGCUACCAAAUUCAGCACACUUUUGGCGGUGGCGCACAUGCUACGCUCUUUAGUUCGCCGCUCUACAAUCAGCAACCAGUAUUUCCAUCGGAAUUUCAUCCCACACAACAAAAGCCCUUACAACAACAAUUACAACAGAAGCCACUGCAUCAACAGAAUUAUAUAGAAGAUACUUUACCAAUCAAAAAUCUCUUUAAAGAAUCGAAACCAUUAGCAACACAGCCGCCCUUGCAAAGUGUUGCACCACAAGUUUUUCCGUCUAACCCUGCACAGGAACCAGGUUUCGAUAUAAACACUCCUUCCACUUUCCAAUUGCAGUCGCAAUACCAACAAACAGCACCAGCUUCGGGUCAUGGUGCUGCUCCUGCAGCAGCUGCUGCACCACAGCAACAAGAAGUACAGCUGUUAUAUGUGCCUUAUGACACUCUCUAUAAUCAGCAGCAAGGACAAAAUAAUCAACCUCAGAAUCAAGGACUUCCAGUAAACAAAUACAAUGUUAACCCGGGUCUGCCAGCAGUAAAUCCAUACCAAAUAAAUCAAUUUUAUACUCCUGAACCUCUCACCCAACAAGGACCCAAUUAUUAUGGCACGAGUACAACUAGUCGUCCACUGACCACGUCGUCAAGGCCCGCUAAUAUUUUCGAAAACUUUUUAAGUCCACAAUACACAACACCAAAGCCAAAGCCGAAAGCUCAUCAACCUCCACUUGCCAUGUUUUUAGCGAAAAAUUCUGUCCGUACAACGCAGUCUGAUGUUGUGUCCAUGCUACGUAAUGCAAAUACCAUUGCUGUAAUUGAUGCACCAGCAAAACAAAUACCUGAAAUAUUUGUUGGACCAGCUGGUAUGCCUACGCCCGAGGGCUUUGUUAAAUUUGAUUUACCCUAUUUAUCGCAACUGAAUCAAAAGCGAGAUCUACGUGAUGUACCAUUCUUUGUUGCUCCCCUAAGCUACCGCACGCCAAAUGGUUUCAACAAAAUCCUGCUACCGGAGCCACAUGUUGGGUCUAUUGUUGUUAAUAGAGCAAGGGAAAAUAUAGCACAGGAACUUACUCCACAAUUCCCACAAGCACAACCUCAAAUUUCCCAACCUCAACAUGCUGGUCUAGUAUACAAUUUGCCAAACCAAAAUGAGAUUGGACAAUAUCAAACCACAACCCAACGACUACGUCCGAAUGGACAACGUAUAAAAACAGUUUCGCCAAUUAAGGACAAUUUUGCCAAUGUUUUACCCAGUCUAAACAGUGAAAACCAAUAUGAAAUAACUACGCAGCGUUCUACUUUACCACCUUCUCGAGGAAAUAAGUUUUCAUACUUCGCUAAUCAAGAUGUAAUACAAGAAGUGACAUCACCAAAAAUAACAAAACAGGAACGUCAUAAAAAGAAGCGACCACAAAAUGUUCAAAUUGUUCAACCUGCAUUCACACAAACAAUCACGAAUCCCUACGCUCAAUUCCAGCCUGCACCGAACCAGAUAAUAAAUGACGAAUAUUUCAAGUCUCAGUCCUAUAAGCCAUCCUCGACCACAUCUACUAGUACAACGUCCACAACAACAACAACUACAUCUACGACCGAAGCAUCUCCAACGUUAUUCAAUUAUAACACCAGUCCACAGGUUGAAUUCCAAAGCGCCAUUGGACAAUUAUAUCAUGACGUCAACUCACCGCCAAACGUUGAGCAAUAUGUGCCACGAUUCACGACAAGACCACCACCAGUGACAACAGCUGAAGAAGAGUAUCGCAUGAAGCAAUAUUUCCGACAACAAGAUGCAUUCCGUAAUCGCCCGAAAAUUGUCAAUCCAACAACUUCACCAUUGGAGCAAGUUCAAUAUGAACAAACUUUCGAUCCCACCACAACACAGAAAUCAAUUCCUUCUAAGCAUCGUGUUACUGUUUACACACCAACAACUACUCAAUCUUCCUCGGUAGAUGAUACAUUAAAUACAUUGCCACCACAAAAAAUAAACGAUGUUCAGAGCGGAGUGGAAAAAGAAAUACCUUUAAAUCAUCGUCCAUCGUACAUACAAAAUGAAGUAAGUGAAGGACCCGUAGAGUUCGAUCCAAAUCCUUAUCAGCUGCCCUCCGAGUUGCCACCACUUACACCAAACUUACCAGGACUUGUUAAUAAUCUUCAGGAAAAAAAUAAACAAAUUCCAGUUGAACAAAUUGUUACAACAACACCUGACUAUGAAGCAGAACAACCCACACGCCCCUCCCGUCGUCCGCUUAACCGUGUACGCAAGCCCGUUAUUUCAAAAGUUACAUCAUCAGUUUCAUAUUCUGAGUCAGAAUAUUCAACAAGACGUCCAUCAUUACGCACCAGACGUCCAUACGGCUCUCGAGGUUCCGCAUCUUCAACAACACCAGCAUCUGUAGAUAAUGAACCCACUUCAACUACAACUCGCCGUCCAUCAGCAGCUCGUAAUCCCUUAAUACGUAAUCCAAACCGUGUACGUUAUCAACCUACACCGGAAGAACGUCAAACUUUGCGACUAAAACCAAAGAAACACCACAGUAGUUCCAAGAAGACAGCAGGCAAGGAAAACAAUGAGGAUCUUGAAUAUCAACGAGAUGUACUCAACCAGAAUUAUCCAGUUUUCCGUCCAGCCACUUCCCGUAAAACAAGUAGUCCGACAGCGAUACCAACAACUUAUAUCAACCCAACAACAGAGUCGUCCGCUUCAGAGUCACAGCAAGUAUAUACAGUAACACCAAGUAACAAUAUUGAGAGUGAACAAGGAUUCCCAGCAGGAUUGUUAGAACCAAUGCAAAUAGCACAGCAAUAUAAUCAAUUUUCAAAGGAUAAUUAUGGUCCAGGCUAUUUCCCAAAUCAAGAAGAUCUUAACCCCACUGAACCUGCAUAUAGAAAUGAAAUUAGUCCAGUUUAUACUACAGUACAAACUACUACACCGACUACAACUACCACAACGACAGAAGAGCCUAUAACGACCACCACAAGACGUUCGCCUUUCAUACGCAGAAAUUAUCCCCGACUACGUACCACAACAGAAUCGCCAGCAACAACAACACAAGCCCCUGAAGAGAAACCAUCGAUAAGACCACGAUUGCCACCAAGAAAAGUCGUCAAAGUACGAACACGUACACGUCGUCCUUUGCAUCCUGCAUCCUCUACCGUAAAUCCUGAAGAAGAAGUUGAACAAGAACCCAAAAAUGCUUACCGUAAAGUAAACCGAUACAACCAAGAUUUGUAUGACAGCGAUACUGCAAAACGUCGCUAUAAAAACCAAUUUCAUUUGGAUGGCCAAGAAUCUCAAUGGUCGCCAUCUGUGAAAAUUGCGAGUAGCAGCAACUUUAAACCAGUAAAUCCAAAAUCACGGGAUCAAUAUGAACACAAAUUUGAGAAUGAACCGGAAAUCGUAACAGCCGAUUCAGUAUCUGCCGAAAAGGAACCAGAUGUAUACGAGGUCAAAGUCUCUGCUGAUCUUGGCUCACAAUCAACUGGCUCUAAAGCAUCAAUUAAGGCACCAAAUUUGAAGCCAGAAAAAUCGUUCGCUGAACUUCUUGAAGAAGUGAUGGGAAAGGCUCCCGAGGAAUCACCACUUGACGAAGAUACAAGCAAUAAAUCGAUUGAUAAUAGCUCAUUUUUCGAAUCUCAGAAAACGACAGUUGGCAAUCGACUAAAUAGACGAGGAAAAUGGAAGAAAAUUAAAAUUCCAUCUUCCCAAAACAAUGAAAGCUUUGAAACAGCGGAGUCUCAAAAUCUAGGUUCUCAACUAUUGAAUUCGUUAUACGUGGGUGACAAAGAAAAGGUAGCACCUGAUUUUAACAGUGAAACGACAACUGCAAUUACGCCCACCACAGAAAUCUUAAGUACAUCAACUCUCACAACAACAACACCAAAGCCACAAGCAACUGCACAUGAAUACGAAGUAACGACAGCAAAGCAAAACGAACUCACAACCACUGCAAGCACAUUUACAAUGGAUGAAUUUGCUUUUGAUGAUCUGAGAACUACAACGCCUAUACCACUAGAAACAACAACGAUAGACAGUGCGACGCGUAGAGUAGAUGAAGAAGACUUAACUAGUGCAGACGAUUUAGAGUCACAACCUAGUCUAUUCUCUGAAGUGCGAAAACAGUUGCAUGAUUUGUUCGCUAUCGAAGAAAAUGAAGACCAAGCGGCGACAGCGGCUCUAGCUGCAGUGGGUAAACGUCGGCAAGAGUACACAAGCAUAAAGAGGACAAAGCCGGAAUCUACAACCACAACGCCAACAGAAGAAAGUCCGUCUACCACGUUGGGUACUGCUGUUGAAGAUAAAAAAGAAUUUCACAAAGAUUUAAUGGAGCACGCAGUUUACGCAACUUCCACUUCUACACAAGUUACAUCCGAAACAGAAAUCUGCUAUAGAGGGCGAUGCAUACGUUCAGAGGAUUUGCCAAAAAAUCACAAAUUAAAUUAAGAACCAAUUAGGUGUAGACGUAGAUAUCAAAACUCAAUGCGGACAAAUCAUUUAAUGAUUUUUUUUUGUAGUACGGAAAAGAGAUUGUGAUAAAAUACACUGAGAAUUUUUUUACAAAAUUAAUUUUUGCAAUAAGCCCGAACUCUUUUCUCAAAACCAACCGCUUUUCCGGUUUUUCCCUACUUAACCUCAAUGUACUGAUUUGAGUCAUGGCUUUACUUCCUACAAGUAAAUACUUUCUAGCUUUGUAUUUAACCAAUUUUUCUGAAUUGUUUGUACUAAAGUAGCUUUAAAAUAAACUUAUAUAUUAACUAGUUUAAAUUUCGA